UGGCUGUCACAACACAAACAACUUGCCAGACUGAAAGUGAAAGAUGAAAGUAAAAUGGGUUUAAAAGCUUCUCCUGCACCCAAAGACUUUACUUCACACCAGACGGCCGAACAGGGAACAGAUCUUCCGCUCCAGCUUCAGGGAACCAUAAGCAAGAGAAACUGCAACCAUGAGUUAUGGAGACAUUACUAAAGUGGAAACAAGCGGUGCUUCCUCGAACACGUCUCAGCAGGAUAAACUAGGUUACUCAGGUGUGAGGGCCUCAGAAACGAUGGCACAAACGGAUCGAGGAAGAAUGUCGAAAUACACGUCAAUAAUCAACGGCGCGGGAAGACAGUGGGGUAUUGAUCCUGCCGUUAUCGCCGCCAUCAUCUCCAGAGAGUCCAGAGCGGGAAAUGUCCUGGACCAUGGUUGGGGGGACCACGGAAACGCCUGGGGACUCAUGCAGGUUGAUAAAAGAUAUCACAAAAUAGAAGGGGGCUGGAACAGUGAGGAGCACCUCCGACAAGCUACAGGGAUCCUCGUUCAUUUCAUCAAAAGGAUUCAGACCAAGUUUCCAAGCUGGAACAAGGAGCAGCAGUUGAAAGGAGGGAUAGCGGCCUACAACAUGGGUGAUGGUAACGUCCAUUCAUAUGAAGAUGUGGACGCCAAGACAACUGGUAAAGACUACUCCAAUGAUGUUGUUGCCAGGGCUCAGUGGUACAAAAAACAUGGUUUCUAAAGUCUACACGCUGAUAAACCAGCAGGUAUCCUGCUGAAAAAAGAGAGAAACUGCCAAGCAGACCUAGAAAAUCAGCUUGUGUUUCUUUAUGGAGUAGUUAUAGAUCACCACACUCUGCAUUUAUACUUCACUAAUUUACACAUUAUAACAUGUGUUGGUAAACUUUUAGUUAGUCUGAGUCAUUUCUGAACUGGUAGAAAAGC